AUGCUGCAAUAUGAGUGGCUUGUUGAUUCACAAUACAAAUCGAUGGAGUUGCUAAAGUCUGAUUGGGCAACAAUUAGAAAAUCUCCACCUUGGGCUAUUGAUUCUUGGGGAUUGGGUUGUCUUAUUCAUGAACUUUUGUCUGGUAUGAAGCUAAGCAAAACAGAAGAGCUGCGUAAUACUUCUUCCAUACCGAAGUCUUUAUUUCCAGAUUAUCAACGACUCUUGAGUUCGAUGCCUUCUCGCAGGUUGAAUUCAUCAAAGCUUGUGGAAAACUGUGAAUAUUUUCAAAAUAAAUUGGUGGAGACCAUACAGUUCAUGGAAAUUCUUAAUUUGAAGAACAGUGUUGAGAAGGAUACAUUCUUCCGUAAGCUUCCAAAUUUAGCAGAGCAGCUUCCUCGCCAAAUUGUGCUGAAAAAGUUACUUCCUUUACUAGCUUCGUCCUUAGAAUUUGGUUCGGCUGCUUCCCCUGCUUUGACUGCAUUGUUGAAAAUGGGUUCAUGGCUUUUGACUGAAGAAUUUAGCGUUAAGGUCAUACUCCUUAGUUUUGUGUUGUGGCUUCUUUGUGGUUACUAUUUUAGUGUAUUUNCCAAGGUUUACCAUAAAAUCUGA